UCAUCGUGAAGAAUUUGUCCACUGGUAUGCGAGUAGUUUUGAAAUCCCACUAUGGCUAUGAAAUUGAUGAGGUGAAAAUCCUGGGAAAGGAACGCUACCUUGUUGCCCACACCUCAGAUACGCUGCUUCUGGGUGACCUGAGUUCCACCAAACUCAGUGAGGUGGCCUGGCAGGGAUCUGGUGGGAAUGAGAAGUUUUUCUUUGACAAUGAAAAUGUCUGCAUGAUCUUCAACGCAGGAGAGUUGACUGUAGUGGAAUACGGGAGUAAUGAGAUUUUGGGUUCUGUGCGCACCGAGUUUAUGAACCCCCAUCUCAUCAGUGUCCGACUCAAUGAGAGGAGGCAACGAGGCACUGAGGAGAACAAACGCCUGGCUUAUUUAGUUGACAUUAAGACCAUUGCAGCAGUGGACCUUGUGGCCAGCUAUAAUAUUGGCACGAUCAGCCAUGACAGCAAGAUUGACUGGCUGGAGCUGAAUGAAACUGGUCAUAAAUUGCUUUUCCGGGAUAAAAAGAUGAAGCUGCAUCUCUAUGACAUUGACAAUGCUGUAAAGACCACCAUCCUUAGCUACUGUUCCUAUGUGCAGUGGGUUCCAGGGAGUGACGUGGUGGUUGCCCAGAAUCGAAAUAGUCUCUGUGUAUGGUAUAAUAUUGAUACACCAGAACGAGUGACCAUGUUCCCCAUGAAGGGUGAUAUUGUGGACUUGGAGAGGAGCAAUGGAAAGACAGAGGUGAUUGUGACUGAAGGUGUAAAUACCGUGUCCUACACUCUGGAUGAGGGGCUCAUUGAGUUUGGCACAGCAAUUGAUGAUGGUGACUACCACAGAGCUGUAGCUUUCUUAGAAACAUUGGAGAUGUCUGCUGAGACAGAGGCCAUGUGGAAGACACUAAGUCGACUAGCAUUGGAGGCCAAACAGCUGCAUAUUGCUGAAAGGUGUUUUGCUGCUCUUGGACAAGUAUCCAAGGCUCGAUUUCUCCAUGAAACAAAUGAGAUUGCUGACCAAGUGGCUAAGGAAUACGGAGGAGAUGGCACAGACUAUUAUCAAGUCCGAGUCCGCCUGGCUAUGUUAGAAAAAAACUACAAACUGGCAGAGAUGAUCUUUCUGGAGCAAAAUGCUGUGGAGGAAGCCAUGGAGAUGUAUCAAGAGCUUCACAUGUGGGAUGAAUGCAUCUCAGUGGCGGAGGCCAAAAACCAUCCUGCACUAGAGAAAUUGCGUCAAAGCUAUUAUGAGUGGCUGCUGCAGACACAGCAGGAGGAGAGGGCUGCUGAGGUGCAGGAGAUCCAAGGGGACUUGCAAGCAGCCAUUGGCCUCUAUCUGAAGGCUGGACUACCGGCUAAAGCAGCACAGCUGACCAUGGACCGAGAGGAGCUGCUGGCUAAUACCGACCUCAUCAAUCGUAUUGCUACAGCCCUCGUUCGAGGAGAGCUUUUUGAGCAGGCCGGGGAACUCUUUGAAAAAAUUCGUAACCCACAAAGAGCUCUGGAGUGCUAUCGCAAGGGCAACUCCUUUCUGAAAGCUGUAGAACUUUCUCGUUCAGUUUUUCCAGCAGAAGUGGUAAAGCUGGAGGAGGGCUGGGGAGACCACCUUGUACAACAGAAGCAACUAGACGCAGCUAUCAACCACUACAUUGAGGCCAGGUGUGCUAUCAAGGCCAUAGAAGCAGCCAUUGGGGCUCGGCAGUGGAAGAAAGCUAUAUACAUUCUUGACAUGCAGGAUAGGAAAACAGCAGCCAACUAUUACCCCAAAAUUGCCCAACACUAUGCAGCCUUGCAAGAGUAUGAGGUAACAGUUUUCUUCCUGCACACACUCUCAUCCAUUGACACGAUCGAAAAAGUAACAAGCUGUUUGUCCCUUCAGAUAGCAGAGGAGCUGUAUGUUAAAGGAGACCACAUCAAGGAUGCCAUUGAUAUGUACACCCAAGCUGGACAUUGGGAAAAGGCACAUAAGCUGGCAUCAAAAUGCAUGAAGCCAGAGGAUGUGUCAGUGUUGUACAUUACACAAGCUCAGGAGCUGGAGCGACAGGGAAAGUACAAGGAAGCUGAGAGGCUCUACAUAACUGUGGAUGAACCAGACUUGGCCAUUACAAUGUACAAGAAUUGCAAGAUGUAUGAUGAGAUGAUUCGCCUGCUGGCCAAAUACCACAAGGAUCUGCUGAGCGAUACCCAUUUGCACUUGGGCAAGGAACUGGAAGCUGAUGGGCAUCUGCAGGAGGCGGAAUAUCACUACCUUGAAGCCAAGGAUUGGAAGGCAGCUGUUAACAUGUAUCGUGUGAACAAUAUGUGGGAUGAGGCCUACAGGGUAGCAAAAGCUCACGGUGGAGCAAAUUCUCACAAGCAUGUGGCCUUCUUGUGGGCAAAGAGUCUUGGUGGAGAGGCUGCCAUGAAACUCCUCAACAAAUUUGGACUUCUGGAAAUGGCCAUUGACCAUGCAGCUGACAACAACAUUUUUGAUUUUGCCUUUGAGUUGGCUAGACUCUCCCUGAAGCAGAAACUACCUGAGAUCCACUUCAAAUAUGGCUCUUUCCUGGAAGAUGAGGGCAAGUUUGAAGAGGCAGAGGUGGAGUUUGUGAAGGCCGGGAAGCCUAAAGAGGCAGUUCUAAUGUAUGCUCAUGCCCAGAACUGGACUGCUGCCCAGCGAGUAGCUGAAGUCCAUGACCCAGAGAGUGUAGUCAUUGUGCUAGUUGGUCAAGCUGAUGCUGCCUUCAAGCAAAAAGAGUUCCAGAAAGCAGAAGCUUUGUUGCUGCGGGCUCAGCGACUUGACCUUGCUGUGAAACACUACAAGGAAGCUGCUAUGUGGACUGAUGCUCUCCGAAUCUGUAAAGAAUUUCUACCUGGAGAUCUGGAAGCUCUACAGGAAGAGUAUGAACGGGAAGUGGCUAAAAAAGGACCCAGGGGCAUCGAGGGCCUCCUGGAGCAGGCACGUGAGUGGGAGCAAGCAGGCGAAUAUGCCAGAGCUGUGGACUGCUAUCUCAAGGUGCGGGACCCCAGCAACAGUGCACUGAUGGAAAAAUGUUCCAUGAAGGCAGCUGAACUUUCUAUCAAGUUUCUUGGCCAGUCUCGGAGCAUUGAGGUGAUGAGGACAGUGGGACCCCAGCUUGUCAGCAUUGGCAAGUUCAGCGUGGCGGUAGAGCUAUACCUCAACCUUGAUCUAAUCAAGGAAGCCAUCGAUGCCCUCAUGGAGGGGGAAGAGUGGAACAAAGCUAAGUGUGUGGCCAAAGAACUUGACCCCAGAUAUGAAGAAUAUGUGGAUCAACACUAUAAAGAAUACCUCAAGAAUCAAGGCAAAGUAGAUUCGCUUGUGGGCGUGGAUGUUAUGGCUGCCCUUGAUAUGUAUGUGGAAAGGGGGCAGUGGGAAAAGUGCCUGGAGACAGCUGCCAAACAGAACUAUAAAGUGCUGCAUAAAUAUGUGGCUCUUUAUGCCACAUACUUGAUCCGCGAGAACAAUUGGGACAAAGUCUUGGGCCUCUAUGUUCAGAAUGGUGCUCCUGCCAAUGCCCAGAAUUUCAAUAUCUAUAAACGACUAUUUGUGGAGAUGGUGAAUGCAGCCAAUAUGAAUCGCUCAGAGGCUUAUCACAGCUGGGCUGAUUUGCGGGACGUGCUUUUCAACCUGUGUGAAAAUUUAGGGAAAUCAAGUGAAGCUAAUUCACCAGCUCAUGAGGAGUUUGAAACCAUGUUGCUUAUAUCCCACUACUAUGCUACACGAUCUGCAGCCCAAAGCAUCAAACAGCUGGAAACUGUGGCAGCCAAGCUCUCCAUCUCUUUGUUGCGUCAUACUGAGAUCAUUCCAGCAGACAAGGCCUUCUAUGAAGCAGGAGCAGCAGCUAAGGGUGUUGGUUGGCAGAACAUGGCUUUUAUCUUCCUAAACCGUUUCCUUGAUUUGACUGAUGCAAUUGAAGAGGGCUCCCUUGAUGCUCUAGACCACUCAGACUUCCAGAAUACAGAUAUCCCUUUUGAAAUACCACUGCCUGCCAAGCCACAUAUCUCUGAAGACCAGCGUGAGGAGAUCCGUGACUGGGUUCUCACUGUCUCCAUGGAUCAGCGGUUGGAACAGGUUUUGCCACAAGAUGAACGUGAUACUUACGAAGCUUCUCUGGUAGCGGCGAGCACAGGUGUGCGCUCUCUGCCCUGCCUUAUCACAGGUUAUCCUGUACUAAGAAAUAAGGUGGAAUUCAAGAGUCCUAGCAAAGAAGCAAACAAGGAAAGCUGGAAUAAGUUUUUGAUGGCAGUCAAGAUGUCACACAGCCCCCCCUGCCAGGAUGUUCUCAAGUUCAUCAGCCAGUGGUGUGGAGGGCUGCCCAGCACCAGCUUCUCCUUCCAGUGACCAAUUCAACCAAAGCAUUUCCUUAAGUCUUCAACCCCUUUUAGAUAUUUAUUCUCCCAUAUUAAAUAUCUUGUUUAUAUAA